CACUAUUUGAGAAACACUGCGUUAGAUUAAUUUUUCAACCACUUAAGGUUUCCAAAAAACAAAACAAAAAACAACAACACCAUGAUAGUGACCAGUGGCAACAGGCAGAUGAGGUGUUCAGAAUGAGCAGAUCGUCCACGGACCGCCCAUCAGUGGAGCUGCUCCAGAUGUGAAUCUGAUGUGAGACAAGCUGUACAACUCUGACUUACGGCUCCGACCACACAACUGCACAAGAUGUCUGCUGAGCUCGUCUUUGCGAGUGGACCGGGUGGGAGCGAUGGAAGUGUUCAAGGCACCACAGUGGGAGGCAGCAAACCUUUGCACCGCUUCAUUAAGGGGCAGCCCAAGAUUAUUGGCACCGUUUUGCUGGUCUUGGGAACGUCCUUCUUCGUUAGUACCGUUGCAUUGAUGGUAGACCACCCCGUGCAGCAUUACAUAUGGACAUCCAUCCCACCGAGCUUCUUGAUGGGAGUAUUGUUCAUCAUAUGUGGGAUUCUGUAUAUUAUCACAGAGCACAACCCCACCAAGAAAACAGUAACCAUAUCUUUAGCUCUGAGUAUUGUAUCCAUACUGGCAACAGCUUGGACACUCCUGCACACUCUGCCUGACUUAGGACACUACCACUACCACAAGAGCUACUCUGUGGACGAAAACUUCACAGUGUCUGAAUCAGUGUGGUCAGCAUACUAUGAGGCCAUGGGAGUGUCUUUUGAAGCAAUCCUUGUGGUCUACUGUUUGGUUGGUGCAAUUAUUUUCAUUGUAAUGUCAGCUCUGGCUGGAGCUGCCCUGCGUUCCACAAAAAGCCAGGCCAUCGUGGUGAUGACUGCCUCUUCGACUGAAACACAGGCUAACCAAUGAGCACAUUAGGACUGAAGUGUGUCAAAUUUGGCAGAGAGAAGGAACACGACGUAUACAAAGACACAAAACUGUCUCUCUUUGUACCACAAAUAUUAACUACUUCUCACUAGUUUUAUCAUUGUGUACAAUCCAAUAGACUAAUGUGUAUAUAUGAUACAUUUUCUCUUUUGGUGAUUGUGUGAUUUCUACUUCCUCCACCAUGUGAACACCAUACUUACCUCCUUUGACAUUUGCCACCAGAAUCAAUAGAACGAUUACAUCGAACUUUCCGCACAACACAGACAGCUAACUGCCACUAGUGCUGCAGUCUGGCACUGGCUGACCUGAUGCUCCGUUAUGUUUAUUAUGUCAUAUAAAUCAGAAUGUAAUAGGAACCUUGUACCAGUGGUUUAUAGGUUACUACUAAUAGCUGUAUAAAUACUUGAUAGAUCAUUUACUAACUCAUAUAGAUGACGCAUCAGCCAUAAGCCAUGAUGAGAAUAUCACAGGAGCUGAAAUCUGUCUUGCUGGUGUUUACUCUCAGCUCUAAUUCAUGCCGAGGACCAAACCAAAUCACUGUUUGACCAGCUUGUUUCCACAACUCUCAAUCACUGACCUCAUUUUUCUAUUUUUAGCAAUUCAAAUAGUAUAUUCAAAAUUGGUCCUGCAGACUAAUGUUAGUGAAGAUAAAUGUUUGACCACUUACCUUUAGGACAAACAGUACAGAGCACCUGGAGAUGAAUUCAAUGAAGAACAACUUACAGUACUGUUGUAUUAGUAUUAGUGUAUUAGUAUUAAAAUCUUAAAUUAUUA